GAAAAACCCUCGUGCCUUCCUUUCCUCCCACCCAUGGCGGAGUCGUCCGAGAACGCCGCCGCGGCGCCCGCGCCCGCGCCACCUGCCGCCCCCGCCCCGGCCACGGUCCCGUCGCCGGCGCCGAAGACGUCCCCGCCCGCUAGCUCCGGGAUCCCGCCGCGGUAUGACCUGGACGCCAAGUGGGACGCCUGCCUCGACCUCUCCAUCCGCCGCGUCGCCUACUCCUCCCUCGCCGGCGCCUUCGGGGGCCUCAUCCUCUUCCAUAAGCUCCCCCCACCUCCCCCUGCCCCUUCCCAUUCCCGUCCGAUAUCACCAGAAAAUCACCUCCCAUCGAUCGAAAGCGAAGGGUCUCUCUGCCCCCUCCUCAAGAUGCAGAUCUUUGUGAAGACCCUCACCAGCAAGACCAUCACCCUCGAGGUCGAGUCCUCUGACACCAUUGAAAAAUUUCAAGGCCAGGAUCCAAGACAAGGAGGGCAUCCCACCGGACCAGCAGUGUCUCAUCUUCGCUGGCAAGCAGCUUGA